CGAGACUCACAUGAAGUGUCACCCCAGUCAGCCACACAGCCAUCGUGCCAGCUGUCUUGACACCAUGGCUCUGUGGGUGUACUCCGCCUUCGCUCUCUGUGUGAUCCAGGCUGGCAGCGCCUCUCCGACCCCGUUCAUCGUGAGUGCUGCCCGGGGUCUCGUCCAGGCGGCCCAAACGGGCGUCGGCGCCGCUCAGGGCAUCGGCAACGCCGCGGUCAGGGCGGGCAGCAGUGGAGUCAACGUGGUCCUGGACGCCGCUGAGGGAUUUAAGAGUGUGCUUACUAGCUCGCUAUGCGGGCCGCCUGCGGCCGCCUCCUGAGGCCUGUUAUCGCUGACUUGUACGUGAAGAGUGAGAGCGACGAGGAAGGCCCUCUGACCCAGCACUUCCAGUGGUGGCUCAGGACCCUUCAAAUUAACCAGCUGCCCGGUCUCAAGUAUGCUGUUCUGGCGUGGCUGCGGCAAGGGACGGGCGGCAUGAUCAUCUCUGUGUUCAUCAUGUUCCACUGGUCGUUGGAGAGCGCCAUUUCUCGGAAAAUGUUCGGACUGCGGAUCGCCCUGGCUAUGAUCUCCUGCAUCAUGAUGGCCUUGAUGCUUCGCCUGCGGCUCAACCACCUGCUCGUCGCCAUCACCUACCUCCGGGACGUGAGCGUGGUCGUCGAAUCCUGCGGACCGCCUAGAGCCCGGGUCCGAAUGGCACGCAGGGCGCGGUUCUGCGCAAAGCUCGUCCGCUUCUACGAGAUCUACUGCUGGGCCACCGAACUCAUCCUGAUGGUUGUCAUAGCGGCCACCAAACAGUCUUGGCAUCACACCGCUGCACAGGCAGUGGUGCAACAGCUCUAUGGUUAUUCAGAUGGGCAGACUCAGGCAACCUUGGCAGAGACCAUGCGCUGGUGCCUGUACCCAUUCCAAGUGAUUGGGACCACGUGUUCCGUGGUGGUGGGCUACAGCUUGAUCUCUCUCAUCAUCGUCAUCUACCUUUGCAUGUCCGAGCUUUACUACUCCAUUGGACUAGUUUUGGAGGCGCACGGCUGCUCAGCCCUCUGGGCGCGACAACAGAGCGCGCUGACCAUGGCGUGUCUGCAGCUGGACGCAGCAAUAGCGGACUUCAUCCCUCAUCUGCUGAUCUGCAAUGUGGUUUUGCCCCUUUUGUACGCCUUGGAGGUGGUGCUGCACGGCGCGGAGGCGGACCUGUUCGCCAUGGCGCUGGCCCCGCUGGUGCUGGUGGUGUUCGUGCCCUUCUGCCUGGUGGGCGACGCCAUGUGCUCGGCGCGCGCGGGCGUGGUCGGCCAGGCGUACGCCGGGCCGUGGCUGGAGGAGCGCGGCGAGGGGCUGCAAGUCCGCCGCGGGAUGAUGCAGUCCGCCACGGGCCUCGGCGGCGUGCUGCGCGGCAGGGGCGUCGGCCCGCUCGACAGGAAGCUGUGCGGCACCACCAUGGCCAACUGGUUCAAGUUCCUCCAGACUUUCCUGGAGUUUGCCGGGCGCUAG